CCCCCGUUUCUUGAUCUGUUUGUCUCGGGCUGGUUCUGUCCUCCCAGGACCCGGGGAGGGACUGGGGCCCCCGGGGAGGGGGCCUGGGGCGACCCUCCCCGCCUUCUCGCCCCCUCCCUCGGCAUGAGCCCCCGGCUGUGACCCCCGCAGGGGGAGGGGACUGGGGGGUCCAUGCUCUCAGCCUCCGCACUGCCCCGCGCCUGCCACUGACGACGGCGGGGGUGGGGGGGCCGGGCACCCAGCCUCCUGCCCCACCCCCUGGCGUCGGCACCGCGGGCUAUUUGGGGCGGCUGCCCCUGGCUGCGCCCUCCCGGCCGGCCAGGCCCUGGAGGGACCCAGAAACUGCCGCCGACAUCAGCCCAUGGCCCGGAGGUACGAUGAGCUGCCCCACUACCCAGGCAUCGUGGACGGCACUGCAGCCCUGGCUGGCUUCUCGGAGGCAGUGCCUCCGACACCGAGAGCCUCCGGGCCCUACGGCCCCCGCCGGCCUCCCCAGCCCCCACCCCCAGGCUUGGACAGUGAUGGCCUGAAGAGGGAGAAGGAUGAGAUAUACGGACACCCGCUCUUCCCACUGCUGGCUCUGGUCUUUGAGAAAUGUGAAUUGGCCACCUGCUCGCCCCGCGAUGGGGCCGGGGCUGGGCUGGGCACACCCCUGGGUGGUGACGUCUGCUCCUCCGAUUCCUUCAAUGAGGACAUCGCAGCCUUUGCUAAGCAGGUCCGCUCUGAGAGGCCCCUCUUCUCCUCCAACCCAGAGCUGGACAAUCUGAUGAUACAGGCCAUUCAGGUACUUCGCUUCCACCUGCUGGAGCUGGAGAAGGUCCACGACCUGUGCGACAACUUCUGUCACCGCUACAUCACCUGCCUCAAGGGGAAGAUGCCCAUUGACCUGGUCAUCGAGGAUCGGGAUGGCGGCUGCAGGGAGGACCUGGAGGACUACCCGGCCUCCUGCCCCGGCCUCCAAGACCAGAAUAAUACAUGGAUUAGAGACCAUGAGGAUGGCGGGUCUAUACAACUGGGGACUCCGGGUCCAUCCAGUGGGGGCCUGGCCUCCCAGAGUGGGGACAAUUCCAGUGACCAAGGAGAUGGACUGGACACAAGUGUGGCCUCUCCCAGUUCUGGGGGAGAGGAUGAGGAGCUGGACCAGGAACGGCGGCGGAACAAGAAAAGGGGCAUCUUCCCCAAGGUGGCCACUAACAUCAUGAGAGCCUGGUUGUUCCAGCACCUCUCGCACCCAUACCCCUCGGAGGACCAGAAGAAACAGCUGGCGCAGGACACGGGGCUCACCAUUCUGCAAGUCAACAACUGGUUCAUUAACGCACGGAGACGCAUCGUGCAACCAAUGAUCGAUCAAUCCAACCGCACAGGUACCAGGAGCAGGACAGGGUGCAGCCUUCAGCCCAGAGGGCCAGCCUAUGGGGGGCUACACCGAGACACAGCCACACAUGACCGUCAGGCCACCAGGAUCAAUGGGGAUGAGUUUGAACUUAGAAGGAGAGUGGCAUUAUCUAUAGAGACUGGAUUCAGGAGAAGUACCCCAGGCUUCAGACUGUGACACCUGGUUCUGGUCCCCGCCUAGCCCUCUGGCUUCAGGACCCCACCUCCUAUGGCCCUCCCACUUAAUGCCUACCUCCCUGGGGCCCCGCUGGGACAUGGGGGGCCUGAGUGCCCACUUGAGGGUCUCUCAAGGACAAAACCAAGGCCUCCGGGCUCUGUGCCCCACUUCUGCCCUCACCUCUGCCCAGAACCCGAGCUGAGAUCCAGGGCCUGGGUCUUCAGAAGAUGGUGUCUGGGGGCCCCCACCUCUAGGACAGAGACGGAAUUGGGGGUGAGCUGGGGCUGUCAGGGGAAGAGGGUCACCCGGAUCCGACAUUUGGGGAGGUUCCCUUUGUCCUCCCAGCGCAUCUCCCUCCUCCCCCCUACCUCCCUUCUCUGAUGUCUUCUACUUUUU